AUGAAAAACGCGGAAGGCUUAGAAUGUGUCAAGUGCAAGUUCAAAUUUACUCAGAGAUCCUCUCUUGUUCGGCAUACCAGGAAAUGUGUGGAUGGCCGGUUUCAGAGUAUCCGGCAAAAGGCUUGCCGCGAGUGUUCGGCUGCAAAGACGCGCUGUGAUUUAAGGCGCCCUACCUGUUCUAGGUGUGGUCUCCGAAACACCAUUUGUAGGUAUCCCACAAGCCCUAGAGGCUUGGAAACCGGUGUGGGGAACCAUGGAUCGUCGCAAGAGGGCAAUCAGAGAUAUAGUAAUCUACCACAAGGCAAUGCGACUUGCGAGCUGGAGCCACUGGGUGCUGGUUUGAGUCUGGAUGCUGAACUCUCUGCUCCAGAAAACCAGGGUUUAGAUUUGAAUUCCCUAUUACCUCCAGAUUUAGGCGUUCUGGACAACGAAUUGACAUAUCCAUUUGGAGGUAUUGACGACCUUGAUACUCUGGACUACAAUUAUGCAUUGAUAAAAAACAUGCCCGGCCCAAGCCGCGACGAACCCAUUCAAAUCUGGGACUCAGCUCCGCCGAGUUCUGCGCUGGGUGCGGCUCGUCAUAGCGGCCAAUUUAUCCUUCGAGUAUCUCUAACAUGGCCUCGAAUGAUGGCCAAAGGCCCUCAAUUGCCCCCUAUUAUACACCCCAGACAACUGUCGAACGGAAAUAUCCCUCUGCCUCUAGCAAACUGUUUUUCCCUGGCGAAAAUGUGGGAUGGACAGUGUCGGGGAGGCGCCGGCAUUGUUGAACAAACAGUGAGGAGAGAGAUUCAAGAGAUCGCAAGCUUGGGCGAGCUCAUCGCAGCCGUACAAGCGCUGACGAUCUAUACGCUCAUCCUUUUAUUUCCGUGUAAUGAGCAGAUGGCGGUCUCACUACUUGACGAUAAGCUCGUCAAGCAUCUGAAGACUAUCGUGCAUUACGUCCUGUCAACAGGUAUGGUGAUCGAGGAGGAGAUCAAUCGUACUCGACCCUUAUGGGACUGCUGGAUAUCUGUUACUUGCAAACGACGAGCAGUCUUAGGUCUAUAUAGUAUAUACUGGGCAUACAGUGCAUAUCAUGGCAUGCAAGGUUUUGAUUGCAGCGAACUAAACCACAUUCCGGCACCGGCUCCCAAGUGCCUUUGGCAAGCCACGACCAAAGAGCAGUGGGAGUCACUAUACAACCGAUGGCUAGCCCAGUGGGACGGGCCGUAUUAUCGCCAGGGAGAACUGUUCACAAUAGCUCCUGGGGUUCGGAUGGACAAACGCGCAGAGCUGUGGUUUGAAGAAGUAGAUGAGUUUGGUAUGCUAUUUGCAACUUCGAUCAAAACCUUUGAACGAGGGCCGGAGUUUGCUGUCUCACCUGACGACCCCUAA